UCCUGGGUCUAGGUUUUCCCGACCAGCUGCAAAAAGGUCUUGUCCAUUAAGACCUGUGAUUAGUCUUUUCUCUGGGGAGGAAAGAUUGCCCUGAUGGAGAAAGAUGGGAGUAGUGAGUGAAGCCAGCUUCCCUUCCACUUUCCUGACAGCUACCUCUUGGGAGGGAAACUGGAAGCCAUGCAGGCAUCUCCAGCAAGAAGCCACCUGUUUUGUUUGAAUAAAGUCACAUGGUUAGAUUUUGAAGUCAGGAGUCCCAAUUCUCCAUUUUACAGAGGAGGAAUUUGAAACUGACACAAAGUUAUGAUGUCAGUAUUCAAAUCAAGACUGGAACACAGAUCCUCAGACUCUGGCUCUCCGGAUGUUCUAACCAGCUAUGUUUCUGGCAGCUAAUACAUUGGGCAGUUAAAGUAUGGGGAUUCUGGAAGCCCUUGGAACGUGAGAGUGGACAUCGGUUCCUGCUCUUUCUGGUUAGAGGGCUGAGUAUUGCUGCACCCAAGGAGUCACCUGAGAAACCUCCAACUUUAUUUUGACAAUGGGAGGUGUGUGCCUGUGGGACCAGGCAAUGACCAUAAGCCAGACUGUGAAAGAAGACAAACGUGUGGCAAGACUUGUGUUUCCCGGGGCCCAAGCACUGAGGGCAGGAGGAGAUAGUUGGGAGGGUUGUCAGCCCGCUCAGCAUGGGGAUGUCCGGUCCAGCAUCCUUCUGACGUGAAACACUUGCAGUUGCCCUCCCCGAGGCUGUCGCGGCUAAGCAGGACACGUGACCCUCUUAGGACAUACAGAGAGUGCCAAAGAAGUCAAUUGUACUUCCUUGUUGGCUCCGCCCGCGGCGCUGGCCUAGUCACCUGGAGCGGGGAGUGGGGCAGGAGAGUCCUCUCUGGUUCUUUGCCCGCGUUCACUGCCUUCCGCAUGUCACCUAACCAAUGAGGGCGAUGGGCGGCCGCCUUAAGACGCUUCCACUCUCGGAGAGGUUAGCCAAUCCAUGGGAACUUGAUGGUUGCUAAGAAACAUUUGAGUUUGGCUCCACCCAUGCUUAGGGUUUUGGCCAAUGAAAAUCUGUACUUUGGACUGUUGCCGCGAAACCAGUGAUUAGUUCCACAGCCUGAAUGUUUCGGCGCCUGCGCAGAUUGGGGAAAGUUCUGGAAGACAGUGGAGCUGUCGCCAUUUUGCGGGAAGACUUGCAGCUCCGGCUGCGGUGCUGCUUUUACUGCUGAGACUCUGGAAAAUAUCCGUGCUUCGCGUCCCCAAUACACCCAAAGGAACGGCGGAAACCGGGACCCCCCCCUGCGGGGACCCGGAACUGGUCUGCUACGAUGGCGUCCGAUGACUUUGAUAUAGUGAUUGAGGCCAUGCUGGAGGCUCCCUAUAAAAAAGAGGAGGAUGAACAGCAAAGGAAAGAGGUUAAAAAAGAUGGCCCUAGCAACACCAGCACGAGCAGUAGCAGCACCAGUGGGAGCAGCGCCGGUGGGGAGGCAAGCAAGAAGAAGAGGAGUCGGAGCCAUAGUAAAAGCAGGGAUAGAAAGCGCAGCCGCAGUCGGGAGCGGGACCGGCACAGGCGGAGAAGCAGUCGGAGCCGAAGUCGAGACCGGCCGCGUCGCCACCGCAGCCGGAGCCGGGACCGGCGGCACAGCAGUGAGACACGCAGUCGGGACCGGCGGCGUGAGGACCGCGUGCGCUACAGGAGCCCGCCGCUUGCCACUGGGCGCAGGUACGCACACAGUAAGAGUCCUCAUUUCAGAGAAAAGAGCCCAGUCAGGGAGCCCAUUGAUAAUCUGAGUCCCGAGGAGCGUGAUGCCCGCACAGUUUUCUGUAUGCAGUUAGCUGCCCGCAUUCGGCCUCGGGACCUGGAGGACUUUUUCUCUGCUGUCGGCAAGGUUCGUGAUGUCCGAAUCAUCUCUGAUCGGAACUCCCGGCGUUCUAAGGGCAUCGCCUACGUGGAAUUCUGUGAAAUCCAGUGUGUGCCGCUGGCCAUUGGGCUGACUGGGCAACGGCUGCUUGGAGUGCCCAUCAUUGUCCAGGCUUCACAGGCUGAGAAAAACCGACUGGCAGCCAUGGCCAACAACCUGCAGAAGGGCAACAGCGGGCCGAUGCGCCUCUAUGUGGGCUCCCUGCACUUCAAUAUCACGGAGGACAUGCUCCGGGGCAUCUUUGAGCCCUUUGGCAAAAUUGAUAAUAUUGUCCUGAUGAAGGACUCAGAUACAGGCCGUUCUAAAGGUUAUGGUUUCAUUACGUUCUCAGACUCUGAGUGUGCCCGGCGGGCCCUGGAACAACUGAAUGGCUUUGAGCUUGCUGGCCGACCUAUGAGAGUUGGCCAUGUGACCGAGCGACUGGAUGGUGGCACAGACAUCACUUUUCCGGAUGGGGACCAGGAGCUGGAUCUGGGAUCUGCAGGUGGACGUUUGCAGCUCAUGGCCAAAUUGGCAGAAGGCUCCGGAAUCCAGCUGCCUAGCACAGCUGCAGCUGCUGCCGCCGCCGCCCAGGCUGCUGCCGCCUUGCAGCUGAACAGGACGGUUCCCUUGGGGGCCCUGAACCCUGCGGCUCUGACUGCUCUGAGUCCAGCCCUGAACCUUGCCUCCCAGGCAAUCGCCUCCCAGUGCUUCCAGCUUUCCAGCCUCUUUACCCCUCAGACCAUGUAAAUCAGUGGCACAGUACACUGCCUCCCUGUGCCUCUGGGUCCUGCCACUCCCUUCUCCACAUCGACCUUUCCACGGCGCCUUCUCCAUUUUGUGGACCAAGCCAUCCUGAGCGCAUGGACGUUGGCUCUGCGGGAGUUGGGGCCACCCUUGGACUCGGGAAGAGCUCCUGCCCAGGGCCCCAUUGGGAACGGACUCUGCUGAGCAAAGCCAUGAGUCGAAGAGGACAGAAUCUGCACCAAUUGAACACCUGUUUCUCCGCGUAUGUUGUUUUCUGGGAUGACCUUCAUCGCUCUUUCCAACCACCUCUUGGUGAUUCCUCGAUUCUUCCCCCAUUGGGAAGGCCCUAGGGCAUUAACUGAAGGAACUAACCUCUCUCCUCUUCCUAUAUCUUUUCCCUACAAUCUGUUGAGGAAAACCUUUAAGACCUCUGGUCCAAGAGGACUUUGGAGUUUGGGGUUGGGGGCAGUGAACCUUGAAGGUGUUGGCUUGCUGCCGCACAGGCCUGGAAGAUAGUGUGGACAUGCGCAUUGUGAAGCCUGCCUUAAGCUUCAGCCUGGGGCCAGAACUGCAUCUUGCUGGGAGGUGUGGGAGUGAUCUAUCCUGCCAGUGUCCUGCCAGGCAUUUUGGAUGGUUUAGGGCUGGGGCUUUCAGGAGUUCAGCGAAAGGUGGGAUACCUUUCCAGUAUCUUCCACCUUCCUUUGUAUAGUUGUCCUUCCUCCCAGGUCCUUCCUGUGGCGCAGGGUGGAAGGACGGAGAGGAGGCUGCUACUCUCUACCAUUUCCCAUGUGCCUCUACCGUGGGCUCAACCCCAGCUAUUAAAGCUGCUCCUGUCCCCUGCCUGGGCACAUGUGAGCCCUUUUCAUUGGUUUUUAUACCCCUGUGUCUGUGUACAUAAAAUCUAUAUGUAUAUGUAUGUGUGUAUAUGUAUGUGCACACACCUGCAUACAUAUGUACGCAUGUGCAUACAUAUAUAUAAACUUUGUAUAAAAGGCAAGCUCCACUGUUGUGGUGGCUUCUGCCCAUAUGUGUGUGGUCUCUGUCCGUUGGUGUGUCUGAUGUUAAUAACUUUUCAUGAGCCAGAACCGUGAAUGGUUCUAGGGAUAUAAAACAUUUGUAAUGCCUUUA